GCAGAAGGCUCUGUCACCUGCCCGAACAGGGAAGUCAAACAAGAAGCACUGGAUGUAAAAUCAAAACAUUUCUCUGACCAGUAGCCGUCCUCUGCUUGUCAACUUUUUUUUUUUUUUUGACAAACAAGACGAGAAAAGAUGUUCAAAAAACUCAAGCAGAAGAUCAACGAGGAGCAGUCGCCGCAGAGGAAUGCGCAGACUCCCCAACAGGCCCAGAUGGGCUCUGGAGAACGUCGGAGCAGCCAAACCCACCCAUUUUACCAUGAUCGUGUUCCCUCUCCUGGUGACAGAGAGCAGUCUCAGUUUGAAGAUACAGACAAGACUGAGGUGUUGGCCGGGAUGAUAGCAGAGCCCGCUUUUCUCUCUGAGUAUACUAUCUUUGCUCUGGACCAUUCAAAACGACCCAAAACGGCCCAGGUAGCCAGUGUGAGUUCGUCUCAAGGGCCCCCGAGGUCUCCCAGGGGAGGUAUCAAUGGGGAUGGAAGUGUCUCUCCUCAUAGAGAAGAACCGCAGUCCUUUGCCCAAAAACUACAGCUGAAGGUUCCCUCAAUGGAGUCCAUAAUUCGGGGUGGUGCCAUUCGGGCUGAACACCUCUUCCGCUCUCCAUCUAAAGAAAGUCUAGUCCGGAGCUCAUCACGUGAUUCGUUGACACAUUUAGGGGAAAACGAAGUCGCUGGCGCCCCUACAUACGACCCACCUUCAGAUAUUGAGAGCGAGACUGACGAGGCUCCAGGGAAUGCUGAGUUUCUUUCCAAAGACCAGCUGCUGCACCGUUUAGUCAGAGUGGAGGCAAGUCUGGGGAAGUAUCGUGGGAAAUACUCAGAGCUUGUUACUGCAUAUCGUACAGUGCAACGAGAUAAAGAAAAAACACAGGCCAUCCUCAGCCAGUGUCAAGAUAAAUCUCUCCGCAGAAUAGGAGAACUACGAGAGGAGUUACAAAUGGACCAGCAGGCUAAGAAACACCUUCAGGAGGAGUUUGAUGCCGCUCUGGAAGAGAAAGACCAGAUGAUUUCUGUCCUGCAAACUCAGGUUGCUUUGCUAAAGAAACGAGUUCAAGGAAUCUCUGAUGGUGCUUUGCUUGCUGAGGGUGAGCUCCCCAUAUCUGCAAAUGCAAAACAGUCCGAAUCCACAAGCCCUUCUAAGGACCAUGACGUAGAGCCUGAAAUACCUGAGGAAGAGGGGGUCAGUGAUCCUGCUAAACUAAUGGAGGCUCUGCAGAAGAGAGUGAAGAGGCAAGAAAACUUACUACACAAGUGCAAAGAAAUGAUACGUAUACACAAGGAGCGCAGCGCCCACAUUAGUAGUGAAAAUGAAACACUGCAAGAGCAGCUGCAGGAGAGACUGCAAGAACUGGAAAAGAUGAAGGAGCUGCACACAACAGAGAAGUCUAAGCUGAUAAAUCAGUUGCGUGAUGUCAAAAACCAAAAUGAACAGCUGGAGCAGGACAAGGGUAUGGUGAUUGCUGAGACAAAGCGGCAGAUGCACGAAACUCUGGAAAUGAAAGAAGAGGAGAUUGCACAGCUCCGGUCCAGGCUCCAGCUGGCUAAUACCCAGAAUGAAGAGCUACAGGACCUGAAGGAAAAGGCUGAGAAAUCAGCGUUUGAAGAGCUUGAAAGGGCAUUGGGUUCAGCACAUAGAGCUGAGGAAGCACGAAAGCAGCUGCAGAUUCAGAUGGAAGCGCAAAUGAGUGAAGCGGAAAGAGUCAAUGAAGAAGAGAGGAAGAGUUUGCAGCAGGAGCUCACACGGGUCAAACAAGAGGUUGUCACAAUCAUGAAGAAAUCAUCUGAAGAAAGUUUGGCCAACAUGCAACAAUCCCACAGUGAAGCCCUGGCUGCCAAAGAAGAGGAGAUCAGCACCAGAAUCCGCAAAGCUGUGGAGCAGUGUAAAGAGGAGUUUGCUCAGGUAAUCAAAGAUAAAGAGCAGGAGGGAUCGCUGGCUUUGGAGGAUGCAGAGUUACAGAGGACAGCUCUUAUUGCAGAGGGCGAGAAUAGACGUAAAGAGAUGCAGGAAGAGCUGGAAGUAGCUAAAACUAGAAUAAUGGAGUUGGAGAGUUCCCUGGUGAAAACGACCCAAGAGGAAACUGUGUCAUCCCAAGAACAGUCAAGUCUGUUGGACCACUUAAAGAAGAACCACAAAGAGCAAAUGUUGGCAUUACAGGAAGAGCACCAGGCACAGCUGGAAAAGCACAAGGAAGCCCUAUCCCAGCAGCACAUUACUGCUCUGGAAGAGCUCAAGGAAAAACAGAGGCUAGAAUCAGAGACACUUCUGAAAGAGAAAGACCUCCAAAUUCAUAUGCACACAGAGGAGAUGAAUCAGAAACUGGAUGCAAAGGAGGCUGAGCAUCAAGCACUUGCAGCUGAACUUUCUGACAUUUUGAAGAGUAAACAACUUUUGGAACAAAAGUUGGUUGAUGUACAAGAUGCACAUUGUUUAGCUCUGCAGGAUCAGGUAGCAAAGCACAGUGCAGAAAUGGAAAAUGUUAAGCAAGUGCAUGAACAGUCUCUUGGAGGAAUGGAAAAAAUACUGAAGGAGGAACUUAAUGCUUUGAAAAUCAUUUUAAGGGAAAAGGAAACGGAAAUUGAAGACCUCAUUCAAAAGGAAAAAACGCUUAAAGAAAAAUCAGAUUGUGCUCUGGAAGAGCUCGAUGUCAGAGAAAAGCAACUGGAGGAUUUGAAGCAAUCUUUAUCACAGCUCCAGAUGGAAAAUUGUAACUUGAAAGAAGGUAAUGAAGCAUCAAAUAAAAUCUUAAACGAUCUUGCUCAGUCUAAGAACAACUUGACAGAUUUGCAGCAUCUGCUUGAAGUAGCAAAAAAUGAAUGUCAACACAAAGAGUUAUUACUCCAAGAAUUACAACAACAAUUACAGCAGAGCCAAAACCAACUCUCUGAGCAGGAAAAAUCACAUAGUGAAGAGCUUAACACUAAAAAGGAAGAGCAAACAUGUCUUCAGAAACAGUUGGAGGAUGAAAAAGUUGCAUGGGAGAAGAAGCUGAAGAACACUAUAACCGAGAUGGAAUCUAAAAUUAAAUCGCAGGAAACAAAGAUGGAAAAGUUCAAACAGAAGGCCAAAGAAAUGCAAGAUCACUUUAAGAAAAAGAUCCAGCAGAAAGAAGAAUCCAUGAAAGUUGCACUUGCAAAGAAAGAUGCAGAGCUUCAACAAAAAGAGCAGCAAGUUCAAGAGAAAAUUUUAGAGAUGGCCCAAAAAAAUUCCCAAGGCUUGAGUGAUACAAUGUCAGAGCUGCAGGCUAAUCAUUUGGGGGAAGUUGAGAAACUACGUGAUAUCCACAAACAUGAAAUCUUGGAACUGGAACACCAUUGGCAUGAAAAGUUAGUACAGCAGGAGGAGGAAUUAGUGGAAAAACAUUUGCACGUAUUACAGGAAAAGGUACAGGAACUGGAAGAAUGUUCUUUAGAACUUGACAGGAGCAAAGAGGAUAGUGCGCAAGUACUUAAUGCAAUGAAGGAUCUAAAGGAGGAGCUUACAAUUAAAGAAACAACUGUUCAAAAGCUGAAAGAAGAACUUCAAGAAGCAGGCAUUAAGCUUGAAGGUUUGUCAACAAGGGACACUUUGCUGAAAGAGCAACUGGAGUCAGUGGAAAGGAACCUCAGCCAGGCUAUGAAUGAGCGAGACUCCCUAAGGGACAAGCUCAAUAUGACAGAGGAAGAAAGCAGAGAGAAAUUAAAAACUUUGUCAGACAAGUUGGAGGACAUGGAUAAGCAGCUUCAAGCUGUUGAAGGUUCCAGAGGCAAGGAAUGCGUGGACUUGCAGAAUAAAUCUGAAGAAGGUGCCAUUCAGAGAGAGGCUUUGGAAACACAUUUCCAUCAGCAAGUCAGCAAAAUGGUGGAUGGAGCCUCUGAACUUUGUCAGAAAAUUGACUUUAGAGUCUCUGAUUUAAAAGAGAGAAUUCUAUGUAGCCAGAAAAAUAUUGUGCACCUUAAAAAUGUUGUUUCUUGCAAAGUACAUAGUGUUUGCACUUUAGAGGAGAAUCUUCGCAAGAAGACGGAGGAGAAUAACAAUCUAUGCAUUUCAUUACAACAGUUGACUGCUCAGGUAAAUGCUCACAUGGAGCAAAUCAAAGCCUUAACAAAUGAAAAUGAGAACAAUUCUCUUUGUAUCAGUGAAAAAGCCCUGAAGAUUGAGGAGCUAAAUGAAUUAAACAGAGUCAUAUCAAUGAAUUUGAAAGAAAAUGAGUUGCAAGUGAAUAACUUGGAAAGCAUCAUCAGUGACUUAAAACAUCAACUAGAAGGUAAGGAAGAAGCCAUAUUUAAGCUGAAGCAGCAGCAUGAAGAGGAGAGACAAAAGGCUUUAGCUCAUACAGAAGAGACCAUUCAGAGUUUACAACAAGAGCGAGAGUCCGUCUCGGAGCAGGUAAAUACCCUCAGAGACAGUCUUUCUGAGAGUGACAACAUUGUCGCAUCUCUAAGGACAAGGCUCGAAGAGCUGGAGCACGAUGUUUCUGAGAAGAAUGAAGCUUUGCAAAGGCUGACGGUGAGUUUUGACAAUCAGUCCAUCAGCAAGUCUGAGAUGGACCAAGUUUUGAGCGAAAAGGAAUUGAAGGUGAGCGGGCUGACUGCAGAACUUGAAUGCUCCAACCAUCGGCUAUGCGAGCUGCAGGAACAGUUGACCUUAAAGAUGAAAGAGUGUGAACAACUCACAUGUGACCUCAAACAGCAGCACAGCAUCAGGGAGAAUGAGAGGGAAGAAACGGUUGAAAAGCUGCAGCAGAACAGCCACUUGGCGCAAGAUAUGGUGGAAAAACUGCACCACCUCGAGGAGGAUAAUCUAAAGUGCAAGAGCCAACUUCGUACUCAGGAAGACGAAUUUGAAAGGUUGAAAGAACAGAUUUUGAAAAGCAAAGAUGAGUGUGUAAAGGAAACUGAGGAUAGGUUGACAGCAGAGAGUGCUCGGAAAGUUUCAGAGCUAAAGAAGAAAGCUGAACAGAAAAUUGCUCAAAUUAGGAAGCAGCUAACUACACAGCUUGAUGAAAAAGACGACCUUAUAAAGACGCUUCAGGCUAGCUUUGAGGAGGUUAAGAAAAAUGAAGCUGCUGAUAAAGAAUUCAUUGGCACAUUAGAGGAGAAAAACAAAUCUCUUGAGGUUCUUGUCAAGCUCAAAGAAGAGCAGGCAAGCCAACUGGAACAGACUCAGGAUGACGAGAGGCGGAUGAUGCAAAAGUCUUUAGAUGAUCUGAAGAACAUAUAUGAAGAGAAGCUGUCUGCACUUCAGCUAGAUUCAUUGCACCAAGCAGAGCUCAAACAAGCAGAAACACUUGAAAAUGAAUCUAAGCUUAAAGAAGUAAUGAAGCAGAAUGAAGCAUUCCUUGAAGAAGUUAGGACUCUGAAAGAAGAAAUUCGACAGAAGGUUGUUCAGUGUGAUCAACUUGAACUUGCCUUGAUAAAGGCCCAACCAUCAUUUGAACCUGACAUGAAGGUGGAGUGUAGUAGUUUUCAACAAACGGAAAAAAUGUUGGAAAAUGAGAUGAAAAAUCACUCGCCUGAACUUGAUGAGGAUUCUCUUGAGUCGCUCAAGAGCAAACUUAAUCAGAUGAAGAAUGAGAAGGAGAAAAUCCACAAAGAUUUUACCAGGUUACAGAAAGAUAUCAGACUAAUGAGGAAAGAGCAUGAUCAGGAACUUGAAUAUGCAAAGAAACAGUUAAUGGAGGAGAGUGAAAACAAAAUCAAAUUGGAAUUAGAAGACAUCGAAAUGAAGCACAACUCCUCAAUCAAGCAGUUAAUGAGGGAGUUCAACACACAAAUGGCCGUAAAAGAGAAGGAGAUAGACACAGCAGUGAAAGAAGCCAUUGGUAAUGCCCAGGUUGUGGAGGCAGAGCUUCUCAGUAGUCAUCGAGAGGAAACCAUUCAGCUGAAGAAGGCGAUUGCCCAGAGGGAAGAUGAAUUAAACAAAACUGUUCAGAAAUAUGAGCAGGUCAUACAGAGUCGAGAAGAGGAGAUGGGGACACGAGUGUGGCAGGUCCAGAAAGAACUGGAGGAACUCCAAGCUAGGAACUGCAACACUACUGAGAUGAGCCCUGAGGAACUACAGGCGCAGCUUGCUGAGAAGACGACAUUACUGAGUGAAGCUCGACUGAAGGAGCAGGGCUUUGUUGAGAGGAUUCACUCGCUUGAGGACAAGAUUAAAUGCUUCCACCGGAACACAGUCAUAACUCAUCUGGGGAGCACAUACAAAGAUGCAUCACUCAACAAAGCCGAGCCCCUCUCAGAAGCCACUGAGCUGGAGUACCUGAAGAAAGUGCUCUUUGAGUACAUGAUGGGGCGAGAAACAAAAACGAUGGCCAAAGUGAUAACGUCCAUGCUCAAGUUUCCUCCGGACCAGGCUCAAAAGGUUUUGGACAAAGAGGAGUCCAAAGCAACACAUUGGUUGAGUGUCUGAUGCUUUGCGAUGAAAAUCAUGCUGCUGCUGCUGCUGCUGCUGAUGGGGAAGACUGCCAAGGAUUUGAUCAAGCCCUCCUCUGCAUAAUGUAUUUGUGUAUGUAUGCGUGUAUGAAUGCCUAAUGGGAUUUUAUCGUGCUCUGUAUACUUUGGAAUGUGUGUUACACUACAAGUAUGAGGAACUUCAAACACAGAUCUUCCAUAAAUCUGCAUAUUUUUUGCGAUUAACUUGUGUUUUCCGAAGUAUGAUUUUUUAUUCUCUGUGUCCAUACUGAUUGGCGUGCAAUAAAUGGUACUCUUAUCACAUA